AUGGGUAAGACGUCUAAAGACAAGCGGGAUAUCUACUACCGCAAGGCGAAGGAGCAGGGCUACCGUGCACGCUCGGCCUUUAAGUUGCUUCAGCUUGACGAUAAAUUUGAUUUAUUUCGUAAUGUCACGCGCGUCGUUGACUUGUGUGCGGCCCCUGGUGGAUGGAGUCAGGUGAUUGCAGAGCGAGUGUCUAAAAAAAGCACCAUUAUUGCUGUGGAUCUCAUGGAGAUGGCGCCAUUAGAUGGUGUAGUACAGUUACAGGGCGACAUUACGCACAAAGUGACAGCCGACGAAAUUGUGGCACAGUUUCGUGGUCAGAAAGCGCAGGUUGUCGUGAGCGAUGGUGCUCCAGAUGUGCUUGGAUUGCAUGACUUGGAUGAGUAUUUACAAGCUCAGCUUGUGCUUGCCGGACUUAAUAUUAGCCUUCUGAUCUUGGACGACGGUGGUACGUUUGUAGCCAAACUUUUUCGCGGCAAAGAAGUAUCUUUGCUGUAUGCCCAGCUUCGUCGAUUUUUUAAGAAUGUGACAUGUGCUAAGCCGAAAACGAGUCGCAACUCUAGUUUUGAGUCCUUUGUCGUUUGCCAGAACUUUCAUCUGCCUGAGAAUUUCGUGCCAGAUAUUGAGCGGAACUUGCUGGAUCUGCGAUACGCUGAAGAUGCAGAAGAUGUUGACGAAUGUGCUGGUGACGUAUUUGGCUACGAUGCAGACCAGUCAUACCCGCUUGACGAAGACAAGGAAGUGCUCUCAAAAAACAUCAAAGCAGAUGAUAGAGCAAGCAUUUCUUCGGAGAGCUUUUCACGGAUGACACGCGUCAAGAUAAAAAAGAUUUUAUUGUGUUUGCGUUAUUACCUUGAGGAUACAGACAUGUAA